AUGACACAACGUCUGCGACUCUAUACGGAACCCCGCGGAAAACCCCAGUGUGACUGGGUCAAUCACAUUCCAAACGAUGGUUUGAUACGCUACCGUACUUUGCUGAACUCCGACCGACUGUUGGUGACUUCUCCUGAGGCCCUCGCUGAAGUUUUGACGACGAAAUGCUAUGACUUCAGGAAGCCCAAGUGGCUGGUAGGUGAACUGAAGCAGGUACUAAGGGUUGGGCUCUUGUUAGCAGAGGGAGAUGACCACCGAAUCCAGAGAAAGAUCCUCACACCAGCCUUCUCGUUCCGUCAUAUCAAGAAUCUGUACGGAGUAUUCUGGGACAAGUCGCACGAGUUAGUGAAUGCGAUGACAGAGCACCUGUCAUGCAAGGAGAAGGAGCAGCAGAUCACUCGACUUGCGUGUGACGAGUCCCCGCCCGGCACCGGCGUGCUCGAUAUUGCAGAUUGGGCGAAUCGAGCAACGUUAGAUAUGAUUGGGAUUGCAGGUAUGGGUCGAGAUUUUGGGGCAAUCCACGACUCGAACGCGGACUUAGUCCGUGCAUAUACGCUGGGUUUUCAACCUUCAAAAAGUGCCAUCUUUCUUGCCAUCUUGCGUCUUCUGUUGCUUGAUUGGUUGGUCAAUCGUCUGCCCUUUCGACGGAACAAGGAAAUACAGAGAGCCGUCCGCACGAUUCGGGGCGUGUGUGCCGAGUCGAUCCAUCAAAAGUCCCAGUAUCUUUCAGAGAAUAGCAACCCCGAGCAUCGGGAUACUUUCAGCGUCGCACUCCAGAACGGCGGCUUCAGUGAAAAGAGCCUCAUUGACCAGAUUAAGACAUUCUUAGCUGCUGGACACGAAACGACGGCAACUGCCGUCACAUGGGCAAUCUAUCUACUCUGUGUCCAUCGCGAUGUGCAAAAUACUCUCCGCCAGGAGGUACGCGAGAAACUUCCGAGCCCGGAUGACCACAAGAAUUCUUUCAUACAUCAGAGCAUCGAUUCCAUGACCUACUUGAACGCCGCCGUAUGCGACAAAGUUCUUCGCUACGCUCCACCUGUACCAUUUACCAUCCGCGAAGCAGUGGUCGAUGCAAUGAUCCUAAAUCAGCCAGUUCCCAAAAUCACGAACAUAAUGCUGGUCCCUUGA